AUGGAUUCAUUCACCGCCCACGGUACCACUAACGGAACGACCUCGGGCAACAAAUCCCGCUAUGGCAAGCCACUGCCUCCAUCAUGGAUCCCCCUCUACCAGAAGCCCUUAGGCACGCCCACGCGCCGCCUCCGAAUCGCCACCAUCGGCGGCGCCGUGGCAGGCAUGGGAUUCGCUUACAAGCUGCAACACGAGCACAAGUUGACCACGGCCGGCUGUGAGGGGAGGGAGGAUCCAUUAGUGGAGCAUACGAUCUAUGAAGCGAACGCAGACAUCGGUGGCACCUGGCUGGUCAACAAAUAUCCGGGUGUGGCGUGCGAUGUGCCGGCGCACUUGUACGCCUUUCCCUUCGAGCCCAACCCUACGUGGAGCUCGUACUACGCCAGCGGCGCCGAGGUUCUGGCAUAUUUCAAGCGCACGGUGGCAAAAUACAACCUCGACCGGGACGUGAAGCUAAACCACAGGGUCGAGCAUGCCGAGUUCAACGAGGCAGAGGGGAAGUGGCACCUCAGGGUCCGGCGCGUGGAUACAGACGAGGUCGUCGACGACACAUGCGACAUCCUCGUCUCCGCCACAGGCUUCCUCUCGCACUGGCGCUGGCCCUCGAUACCAGGCCUAGACAAAUUCCAAGGCCACCUCGCGCACAGCGCGGACUGGGAGUCGCAGGGCGAGUUCGACUACACGGGCAAGAGGACCGGCAUCAUCGGGAACGGCAGCUCCGCCAUCCAGAUCCUGCCGCGGCUCGCCCCGGGCGCGGCGCGCCUGGUCAACUUCGUGCGCCGCCCGACGUGGAUCACGGCCGGGCUGGGCUCGGCGGCCAUCGACGGCGCCGCCAACUACACGUACACGGAGGACGAGAAGCGCGGGUUCGCCGAGGACCCCGGGAGGCUGAAGCAGUACCGCAAGCGCCUGCAGCAGGCGACCAACACGGGCUUCAACCUGUACGUCAAGGGCAGCGAAGCCCAGGAGGAGGCGUUCCGGACGACGGCGCAGGCCAUGCGCGACCGCCUCGGGGGCGACGAGGAGCUGGCGCGCAGGCUGAUCCCGGACUGGGAGGUGGGCUGCCGCCGCGCGACGCCGGGGCCGGGAUACCUGGAGGCGCUCACGAGGGAGAAUGUCUCGCUCGUCACCGACGGCAUCGAGAGCGUCACGGCGUCCGGAAUUUGCACGCGCGAUGGGAGGGUAUUCGAUCUAGACGCCAUCGUGUGUGCAACGGGUUUUGAUGUGAGCCACCGACCGCCGUGGCCGCUCAUCGGACGGACGGGUUCCAGCUUGGCUGAGCACUGGAAAGAGGAGCCAUUUUCGUACUUGAGUUUGAUGGCAAGCGGAUUCCCAAAUUUCUUCAUGUUUGGAGGGCCUAACAGUCCAGUGGGCCAUGGAAGUCUGAUGUGUCAAUUGCAAUGGAGUGCCGAAUGGAUAUGUAAAUGGGUGAGGAAGAUGGCGUAUGAGGACAUCAAACUCAUCGACCCAAAGCCAGAGGUGGUGGAGGAGUUCAACUCCUACGCUGAUGAGAUCAUGCAGACAUUGGUUUGGUCUGGCGGGUGCAGGUCGUGGUAUAAGAACCAUCGCGUUGAUGGGCGGGUCACGGCUGUCUGGGCUGGGAGCGCGAUAACGUAUCACGAAAUGAUAAAAGAGCUGCGACCCGAAGACUUCGAUAUCGUGUACAGAUCAAGAAACAGAUUCAAGUUCAUGGGAAACGGAAGGACUGCUAUGGAGAGUACGCCUGGAGCCGAUCUGGCAUUCUAUAUUUACAAGUAA